AUGAACAAAGCGUAUGAAAACAUUCCUAGGUCGUUGGAUUGCGAGCGAUAGAUUCCCGCGCUUUCGAUCAGCUCCGGCAAACAGGAGCCAAUGAAGCUUGGCAGCGAUCUCAGAUGACAGCUGCAUGAAGGGUUGAUAUAUUGCGUGCAGGCUGAGCCGAAAACCCGUAUCAACAUGAAUAGCCGGCUGCUGCUCGUGGUCCUAUUAUGCGGCAUAAGUCGGAGGUCCAGCGCAGAUGAGACAUUCAUCGAGGAAUUAUUCGUGAAGCCCCUGCCAUCUGGCCAUCUGUACUCGUUCUUCAGUUUCACAACUACCUUGAACAAUCCGGCGGAAAACAUGAGAUUCUAUCGUCUCCUUCCGUCCACUAUCGGCGAUCUACUACAGAUAAAUUCCGUGGACGAGUUUCAUUUGUCACUGACUCAGGGGAAAUGGUCCCAUGAGCAGUACGGCUACCCCAUAAAGGACAGACCGGCCGGUGCUGUACUGUGGGCCUGGUUCAAGGAAAACCCCGAUUUGAAUUGGAAGAAAUUCGCUUCGGCUCUCGGUGGUGUCACUUGCUCAUCCUUGAAUUUCAUAGACGACACGAUUACGGUCGUGCCGAAAUAUGUGUUCCGCCCCGAAGGUCACAUACAGAAUCUAAAUGACACGAAUCUCAAGUACGCCAUGUUACCCGGUGAAGCUGUGUGUACCGAGAACCUGACACCAUGGCUCAAAUUCCUGCCGUGCUCUAAUGCAGGACUUUCGCAGCUACUUCGGGCGACGUCGAUCUUCUCCACUCACUACAUCUCGAUUGGACUAGACGUCAAAAAGUUAUGCCUAGACCAAUCCUGUCUGCAGACGCAGUUACUGCUCCAGCAGCACGUUAGCAUUGUAUUCGACGCGACCAUCGCUACCGGAAAACAAGAAUGGAGUUUCAUCAAGUUGUUCGGAAAAACCAUUUCCUCGGUGUGUCCGCUCGCGGCACGGACCUCAGUCAUUGUCGAAACCACGGAUAACGGAGUCUGUUCCAAAUUCGCGCUCGCUCCUGAACCACACCGACUGGAAGAGAAUGGGGAUGCUUCGUUCGCUAUAUACGACGUGAAACGCCUUCUCACGAACAGCGAUCAUGUCAAUAUCGUGGCUAACCCUGAGAAGAGCCACACGUAUUGGACCAUCAAGCCCCCUCCGCUUACCAUCAAUAGAUACGUGCAGGGCUAUGGAUUGGAGAGUGGAGGAGUUCGCACAGUAAUUGUGAACAGCGCUCAGAAGGCUUUGAAUGUCACUUACUUGGAAGUUAUACCUUGGUACCUCAGAGUCUAUGUGCACACUUUGAGGAUUACGAGCAACGGAAAGCAAGUUUUUCCUAAUCGCAUCGUUUUCCAACCCUCGUUAGACCGGGAAAAACCGUGCCAUCUGGAAAUCGGAUUGAAUCUCGCAGCGCGGUCUAAAACGGAACUGUCCUUCUCCUUCGAACGUGCCUUCCUGGCCUGGGUAGAGUACCCCCCGGACCCUCACCUGGGAUUUUACGUCGGUGCCGCAUCUCUGACUCUGUCUGUCCCUCGUGAAGGUCUCGCGAACUUCACCGGAGACCUCUCAACGUCAGGGAACCUGGAAGAGGCUCUCCUGGGGUCUCACACAUCGCAGCAUCGAUCUCUUGUAUUGUUCACUGAGAUACUGCUCGUUACCUUGCCGACACCAGACUUCAGCAUGCCCUACAACGUUAUUUGUUUCGUAUGCACCGCCAUAGCUCUCGCCUUCGGUCCUAUCUACAACGUCACGACGAAAAACCUCACUCUACAGGAUAAAAACCAGAAGAAGGGUUUAUUACACACGAUCGUCCAAAAGUUGAAGGGAGUUUCUGUCAGAAAAUUGAAAAAAGAGUGA